UUAUUGAAUCAACAUACAGAAUGGAGCAUUUAUUUCUUGGUUUAAGUGGACAUGAUACAGCCGCAAUACGACAGUUAAGAACACGAGCCAUGACAGUCAAACUUAUUUUAGAACUACGAGGUCAUAGAAUGGACAGAAAUAAAGCAGAUAUACAGUCAUUACAAUUAUGUCAAAUAUAUUUAAAUAAAUUGAAUCAUUUACAAAGGUACUUAUCAAUGAGUGAGAUCACUGCAGAUAACUUCACCCAAUCAGUGUUCUCUGAAAUGCAUAAAUUAGAAUCUAGUAAGCCUGGCAUCAUCAUGAAAUUUUUACAGCCAUUGUUGAUGCACCAUUCAGUUCCUGCUUUGACACUUUCCAACCAACUUAGAAGGGCUAAAGCUAUAAUAACAGAGCCAAGUGGGGAGUCUGAUAACCAUAUGAAAUUUACAGCUGGUUUGACUUUGAAUAUAAAUGUGGAUUGUAUUCUGGAAAACAUACAGGACACACAGAACAUACAGUUACAG